AAAAUAUUGAUUAGGUUUAAACUGCAGAUGGUGUACGCAAAAAUACCACAGCCGCCGUAGACAAAGCUGCAUAUGCUGUGUGGGAAAAUCUGGAAGGCGAAGUUUCUCAUUUCCUUUCACUGCCGCCGUAAAACAGUUCCAUACUCCAAUCACUUCCUCUCUUCCACUUUCCUCCGCCUUCUGCACAACCAACUCCACAACACUCAAGCUGCAUUCAUGGCGGCCAAACACCCCAAAGACGAGACCUACCUCAGUACCACCAUUCCCAAACGCAUUCAACUUUUUCAGUCAAUCCAAGCACAGCUACUCGCUGAUCGUUCUUCUCUUCCCUCUCAUCCCAUCAAGAUCACCUUGCCUGAUGGGACGAUGAAGGAGGGUCAGAAAUGGAAAACCACACCGUUAGAUGUAGCAAAAGAAAUCUCCAAAAGUUUAGCUGCAAACGCUUUGAUUGCUCAAGUUGAUGGAGUUUUAUGGGACAUGAGCAGGCCGCUGGAGAACGAUUGUGAACUUAAACUGUUCACCUUUGACAGCGACGAAGGGCGCGAUACUUUCUGGCAUUCAAGCGCUCAUAUACUCGGUCAGUCGCUUGAGAUGGAGUAUGGUUGCAAGCUUUGCAUUGGACCCUGUACCACUAGAGGAGAGGGAUUCUAUUAUGAUGCUUUUUAUGAUGAUUUAGGCUUGAAUGAUGAUCACUUCAAGCAAAUUGAAACUGGUGCCAUGAAAGCUGUAUCGGAGAAACAACCUUUUGAGCGCGUUGAAGUUACAAGGCAACAGGCUCUUGAAAUGUUUUCAGACAACAAAUUCAAGGUUGAAAUCAUCAAUGACUUGCCAGAAGAUAAGACUAUCACCGUUUAUAGAUGUGGGCCCUUGGUUGACUUAUGUCGUGGUCCCCACAUACCAAAUACAUCAUUUGUCAAAGCAUUUGCUUGUCUUAAGGCAUCAUCAGCCUACUGGCGGGGAAAUAAAGAUCGUGAAAGCUUACAAAGAGUUUAUGGGAUAUCAUAUCCCGAUCAAAAGCGUUUAAAGGAAUACCUUCAUUUUCUUGAAGAGGCAAAGAAGUAUGAUCACAGGUUAUUGGGUACAAAACAGGAGCUUUUCUUUUGUCAUCCACUCAGCCCAGGAAGCUGGUUCUUCCUCCCUCAUGGGGCUCGAAUCUACAAUAAAUUGAUGGACUUCAUGCGAGCUCAAUAUAAGGAUCGCGGUUAUGAAGAGGUUUUGUCACCAAAUAUGUACAAUAUGCAACUAUGGGAAACUUCUGGGCAUGCUUCAAAUUACAAGGAGAAUAUGUUUGUAUUUGAGAUAGAGAAGCAGGAAUUUGGAUUGAAACCAAUGAAUUGUCCUGGUCACUGUUUGAUGUUCCAGCAUAGAGUUCGUUCAUAUAGGGAACUUCCUCUUCGAUUGGCUGAUUUUGGGGUUCUGCAUCGCAAUGAGGCUAGUGGGGCAUUGACUGGAUUGACUCGUGUGAGAAGGUUUCAACAGGAUGACGCUCACAUUUUUUGCAGGGAGUCCCAGAUAAAAGAUGAAGUAAGGGCCGUCUUAGAAUUCAUCAAAUAUGCUUAUAACAUUUUUGGGUUCACAUUUGAGCUGAAGCUAUCUACGAGGCCUGAGAAAUACCUUGGUGAUUUGGAAACGUGGGAGAAGGCUGAAGCUGCACUUACAGAAGCACUGAAUGAAUUUGGGAAACCCUGGCAGAUCGAUGAAGGUGAUGGUGCAUUUUAUGGACCAAAGAUAGAUAUUAGUGUAUCUGAUGCAUUGAAAAGGAAAUUUCAGUGUGCAACCCUCCAGCUGGACUUCCAACUUCCGACACGUUUUGAAUUGUAUUACUCUGCAGAGGACGAGGCUAAGAGGGAACGCCCAGUUAUGAUUCACAGAGCUAUCUUAGGUUCUGUCGAGCGGAUGUUUGCUAUUUUGUUGGAGCACUACAAGGGGAAGUGGCCUUUUUGGCUCAGUCCACGUCAAGCAAUUGUUUGCCCUGUAUCAGAGAAAUCCCAGUCCUAUGCAAUGAAGGUGCGUGAUCUAAUUCAUCAUGCAGGUUAUUUUGUUGAUGUGGAUGUGACAGACAGAAAGAUCCAGAAGAAAGUACGAGAAGCACAGUUGGCACAAUAUAACUACAUACUGGUUGUUGGUGAGGAGGAGGCCAACACUGGACAGGUGAGUGUUCGAGUGAGAGAUAAGGCUGAUCAUUCAGUGAUGAGUGUUGAGAGCUUGCUCAACCACUUCAAGGAAGAAGUUGCAGCUUUUCAUUAAUAAAAUUUAUUUCCGAGGCAAACAAAGGCCGUAACUACCAAAUUUAUUUAGGUUAAUCGAUUUUUCUUUUUAAACAAUACAGAGGGUGAUUUUUCAAGGGGAACUCGAUCCUUACAAAUUCUCAUGGGUAAGUUUGAGUUUGUAUUGCUUUUCAGUAGUUUUUCCCCUCAAAUCAUCAAUACUGUUAAGGGCAAAACCCUACAUUUUCAUGAAACAAUGUAAACAAACAGCUUCUGAACUUAUUAAUUUCAACGAAAUUCAAAUCCUAAUAAACAAAUGCAGUUACUGGAA